UCACAUCGGUCUCGCGUCGGCGGGACAUUUUAUAAGGUAUAGGUAUCUUAUAGAAAUAUAUAGUAAAUGUGCCGGUUGGUUCCGCUCUUGGGAAAGGCAGCAAGAGGUUUCUUUACAAACUGACCAGUUUGUCAGUCGAGUCAGCGCGCUACGUGUUGUCCUAGUGUCGGUCAGUGGAUAUACACGGAUACGUGUGAGAUCACUCGUUAUAAUUUUGUUUUAUACUCACACGCGACUCAAAUUUUGUUGAAUUUAAUAUUUUUUUACUCGUAUGCACUUACUUGCAGUGUUUGAAGAAACGCGUCGUCAUGGGUAACGAGUGUUGUGCCCCGAGGGUGUAGUGCAAACGCAAGACAGCUGAUGCAGGUGUUUCUGCAAACAAACAAAAGAAGAUAUAGGUGACCGGUGUAUAGUUCCACAUAUAAGGAGUGCAAAAAAGCAAUCGGAACCGGCUAGAACUUGAGAAAAAAACUGACCCACAAUUAUGCGGACAGGGUCCGGCAACUGCAGUCAGAACGUUUCGAUCUGCUCGUAAGUUUGCGAGGAGAUCAGACGAAUGUUGAGAUGUUCCGAAAACGGACGAGACUUACAUCAAGAGUAUGGACAGUUGUCUUUUUGCUGCUCUUCAACGAUGCACUGGCGCAGACAACAAUUGCGACAAUUGCAAAAAUAUCCCCUCUCGAGGAUUCCUCAAAAACUCCACCCUCGAAUCGAACAGUCUUAAGAAAAAUCGUCGUCGAAGAUAGUAACACGAAAGCAACAUUGGCGAAUGACGAAAAACAAGAACCCAUUAUCGUCAACUCAACAAACUCUCCAGGCCAAAUAGAAAGAACCUCGACUCGAGAGCCGCUGAAACAAAAAGACUCAAAGAAAUCCAUCAUCGAGGAGAAAAUAAAAGCCGUCGAAGAACCAGCAGUCUCAACUGCAGCGACUAUCGAUUCCUUGAAUCGUACGACUUUAGUAGAGCGUAUUUUGAAAUCACAACCAUCCGAGAACAAUGUCAGCCGCAAGCCUCCAAAACUUAUUCCUGAUGAAGAGAGUCUUCCCAAACUUCCUAGAAACAAGAGCAAACCAAUAUUCUUAGAUGCUUUCAAAGAGAGCUCAAAGCACAAUGUUAAGAAGUCUGACACCGUUGUCACUCCCGAAUCCGAAGGCUCUGACGAUAAAGAGAUUGAAGAACACGAACUCGAGCACAAGGAACCAACCUCUAUACCCACAACCAAAAACAAAGACUCCAUGAAAGGCUUAGAAAAUUUCGACGUCGAACCUUCCAAAAAUGAUCAAGAAAACGAGAAGGAAGACAAAAAUUCUGACAAGGACGAAACCUUCAAAGAAGAAGCAACACGCGAGGAGCCAGUCUCUUUAGCCAAUGAUACCAAAGUCAACUUUAAUCACGUGAAUAAAAGCCAGACUCUAAUCAAUAAUACUAACAUCAUUUCCGAAAAUGAUGAUGCCACCGAGGUGGAUUUCAGCCCUAAGCAUCAGGUGGAAAUCGUAAAAAACGUGACAUUGCCUCCAAUAAUGAGACUCGUUCAAGCUCCGGAGGUAAAAAAUGAAGAACCAGUUGAUUCUGAUAAAAGCAAUUCCGAUACACGAAAGAAAUUACUGGAGCAGAUCAAUGAUAAGAAUUCUACAAAGAUCGAUGAUAAUGAAAAUAGUGAAUCUGCACCGUCUGUUAAUGAUGUAGAUUUGAAGAAUGACAAGGUCAAGUUAGACAUCUCAAAAACUGAUAUUCCUUUAUCUAAAAUGGAUAUUCCUUUAUCUAAAACGGAAACCCCCCCAGUCACAACAGAAGUCUCUAAAUCCAAAGCAGACAUCCCUCCGUCAUCCAUCAACAAGACAAUCGAAAACGCUUCCUGGAUCGAGGGACUUCCAAGAAGGAAAGACAUUUUUGAAAAGAAGGAGUCAACGGAAACUAGUUUGGCCUCCGAAAAGAAAAAUUUGAACGAGAGUGUUAGCCCUUCACCAAGAGCUCGUACAAUCUCUUUCUCUGGGAUAAAUGAGUUUAUUCCAGAGAACGUAGACUCAAAAAUUGCGUUAUCAAAGACAACUAAUAACGAAAGUCCUCUUACAAAAAGACCUUUCCUCUCUGAUAAACAAAUCGAGCAAAGACCAUAUCCUUAUCUAAAGAUUGAAACCAAGAAACCAAUUGAUGAAACUGAAGACAUAAGCAAGGAAAGCAGCUUUAGUAAAAAGAUCGAACAAUCCACAGAAGAAGUAUUAGCUUACGAGAAUACGAUCGGUCGUAGAGAAUCUGAUAAGAAGCUUGUCAUCACUGAACCUUCCGUAGUGAUUGAAAACAGCAUUCAACAAUUCAAACCAACGUAUUACAAAAGAUCCGGAAACGCUACGAGGAUCAACUCCACUCUCAGUGAUUUUGGAUUGAGAACUACAACAUCAAAGAACGACGAAGAGAAAAAUAUGACUUCUACGACAGAAAGAUCUAUACCUUUGAGUUCUACCAUGCUAGCUGCUUCAGCAGAUGAAAUUACUCUGACCCCUGAGGAGAACCAGCUAGAUUUGAAUGCAAAUGCAAUUACUGAGGUCAAUUCUAAAAAUGUGAGUUCCAAUGAUUUUGUAAAAGGAACUUCCAGCACUCUGACAGAGAAAGUGACGAAGAUUGAGAAAACUUUGAAAGAAGAUGUUACAGAAAGAACUGCAGAGAAGACAAAAGUAGAAGAAAAUUCUCCAGAGACGACAAAGUCAUCUGAGGAUUCCAAAAUCGAUCUUCAGACGAGCGCGGAAGAUUCCAAAUUUAGCUUUUCUCAUAUGAACGCAACCGAAAGUUCUACAGAGCAUCCAGUGAUGAAAAAAGUCGAGGAGAAAAAACAAACAGAGUCUAGUCUCUGGACAUCAACCUCAACAACUAUGGAGACACUAGCUACUACCGAAAAAGCUCUUCCUACAACGACUGAAAUUUUAAAGAACUCAAGCAAGUCUGAAGAAAGUCAAAAUAGUACUACCCAAAGUUCAGUCGAACAACCGGAAACUACAACAUCCGUUGAAUAUGAAUUCGUAGGAUUAAAAGAAACAACAACGCCCGGACAAGAUAAUGGACUACCAGAUUCUGAUAUAUCAGCAACUAUGCUUUCCCCACUUCAUGACGAAACAACCGAAAGCAGUUCCGAGACCAGCACAUUCGUUCCACGAACAUUUGACCAAGAGGAAACAACAACCGAGGCACAAGACCAGAUAACAACGAGUGAACCUGUUACUGAAAGUUCAUCGUUCAAAUCUACUAAAGAGAAUAGUACGGAAGAUAAAUUCACCGAUGAAAAAUAUACUACAAUUGGACCUGAAACACUGCAACCAGAUGAAACAAGUUUUUUUACCUCGACGACAGCAUCUGAUCAAGAUAGUAUUGUACCAGUUUCGGAAACUUCUUUGGGUAAUGAUAGCACAACUGUGGAUGAUUUGAGCUCUAUUGAUUCUGAUACAUUCAAGAAAAACGCGACAACUUCAACGACAGAAAUGACUGUAGAUUCUAAAGUACCGACGACUAGUGAAACUUCUCACGAUAUGACAACAGUUACUGAACCCUCUGUUGCAAUGGAUACAACUGCUAUGCCGACCUCCACAUAUACACCUACUACCGAGUAUGUUUCUAUAUCUACUGAGAAUACGAUUUCAAAAUUCACGACAGAAAUUUCAGCAGAUGCUCCCCCCUCACUUUCGUCAGAAGAUAUCAAAGUGCUGGUUAGGAUCGUUUUUGAGGGCACUUGGAAUGACGUCUGUCCACAUUUACCGUUUCUGAGAGAAAAGCUUGCUGAUUUACUAACAGCUAGUACAGAAAAGGCUAUAUCACCAAGGCAAGUAAUUUUCCAUCAAACGCAGUGUACUGAAGAUGUGUCGAUGGCAUCAUCAUCUGAAACCCCAUUGACAUCCGUACUGAUUUACGUGAUUGACGAGAGAGGAGGUUUCGACGAGACUAUGACGAAAAUGUUACCAAGUUUAUACAAGGUUUCCACUAUAGCUUUUCCUCUGCCAGUUCAUAGCUUCCUCCUAGUUCAGGAAGCAGAUUCCGGAAACGCGAUAGCUGUCGUUGUCGUUUCAAGCGUGGCUUUUAUAUGUUUGGUUCUACUUGCAGGUCUCUUGUUUAUAAUGAGGAAGAGACAGACGAGAUUUAACUAUGGGGAAAGAUGCCGUCCAGUUUCCCUGGACGCUUACAGCUUGGAUAGCGUAUCAGCUUACAACAGUAGUGUUCGACGCAAGGGUGCCAUAAGAGCAUCUAAACGAAGCUACGGAAAUCCAACUUUUGAGGACUCAAGUGCAAUUCCUUCUCAUCCUUUGAAUUUCGCUGGACUCUCAUCGUUUUGUAAUGACGUCAAUGCCAUUUCUGAAGAAUUCACGGGAGUACCUCAAAUCACGGCCAAGAUAGACGAGCUGCCACCGGGUUCUGAGGUCAAAAACCGAUAUGCGAAUGUAAUACCACUUCCGGAAACUAGAGUUCCACUCCAAAGGCUCAAUAAUGAUCCGCUUACAGAGUACAUCAAUGCUAGUUACGUUCGGGGACCAAAGAAUGCAACGAAAUACUACAUAGCCUGCCAAGGGCCAACUGAGUCUACGGUUACAGACUUCUGGCGCAUGAUUUGGGAGCAGCAAACUAAAGUUAUAAUCAUGCUAACGGAUCUCGUCGAGAACGGGGUAGAGAAAUGUUCGGAAUACAUUCCCCCGUCCGAAGUGACUGAUUGCCAUCGACUUUAUGGCGAUUACCAAGUCACUCUCAAAAAACGAGAAACCAAAGAAAAAUACGCCAUCUCAACGCUUCACUUGAAGAAUCUGGAGAAUAAUACAUUCCGCGAAGUGUCGCAUAUUUGGUAUCUCUGGCCUGCCAAUGGAGUGCCAGAUUCGGCGAGUCUAAUCGCCGUUCUUUUGGAGGCCAGAGCCCUCCAAAGAGGAGGGCCGGGACCAAUUGUUGUCCACUGCAGUCCUGGUACUGGAAGAACUGGAACUAUAAUAGCUCUGGACUUAGGAAUCAGGCAAUAUGAGAUUACUAGAACUGUGGAUGUUCCAAGGGUCGUUUACACGAUCAGAAGGGAUCGUGCUGGAGCUGUGCAGACUAAGGAACAAUACGCUUUUAUUUACAAGGCCCUCAACUUGUAUGCGACGAAACUUUCCGGCGGAGCUUUGGAAUCGGCAUAAAUCGAAUUCGCAAAUAAAGUUUCGAAAAACGAGAGUUGUUAAAAUAUGGCCAAGACUCGUGUGAUAAGACAAUGAAACCCCGACAAGUAUUUUCUCUGAUUACAUAUUACAAUACCUAAGGUCCCAAUGCCGCGACCACUGUGUGAUAUUCGGAAAUAUUGAUAUUGUGUAAAAGGCUAUCGUGAUUAAAUUCUUUUUGAUUAA